GUGAGGCGGUGAGUCUACGUCACUUCACUCACUCAUCUUCCUUCAUUCACUCUUUCUCUCUUUUCUUCCAUUUUAUUAACACAAACACACUUCAUUUCAUUCAUUCAUAUAUGCACCCCCCAUCUUUUUCUUUGACUCCUUCAUUUUGAGAGUUGAAGGAAACCAAGUAAUAAUUAACAACAACCCUUAACGGCGAAGAUGAAUAAUAAUCAUUCACUAUUCAUCAUCGCCUUCUUCUUCUUCAUUUCAUCUCUAUUCUCCACCGUUAGAUCUGAUUCCUCAGAUCACCGUUUCAAAGAAGGAGAUCUCGUUCCUCUCUUCGCUAACAAAGUUGGUCCUUUUCAUAAUCCGAGUGAGACAUAUCGUUAUUUUGAUCUGCCAUUCUGUAUACCAGAUCAUUUGAAAGAGAAGAAGGAAGCGUUGGGCGAAGUGUUGAAUGGGGAUCGUUUGGUUAGUGCUCCUUAUCAGCUUGAGUAUCGACGAGACAAGGAGUCGGUGUCAGUUUGCAAGAAGAAACUUACGAAAGAAGAUGUGGGGAAGUUUCGAUCUGCCGUUCGUAAGGACUACUACUUUCAGAUGUAUUAUGAUGAUUUGCCUAUUUGGGGUUUCAUAGGGAAGGUUGAUAAGGAAGGGAAGGACCCUAGUGAUUAUAGAUACUACCUUUACAAGCACAUUCACUUUGAUAUCUUUUAUAACAAGGAUCGUGUUAUUGAGAUCAAUGUGCGUACCGAUCCGAAUGCCCUUGUGGAUGUUACGGAGGAUAAUGAAGUUGAUGUGGAGUUUUUCUAUACUGUGAAAUGGAAGGAGACUAACACUCCCUUCGAUAAGAGAAUGGACAAGUACUCUCAGUCGUCCUCACUGCCCCAUCAUUUGGAAAUUCACUGGUUCUCGAUUAUCAAUUCGUGCGUCACAGUCCUCCUCUUGACUGGUUUUCUUGCAACUAUUUUGAUGCGGGUCCUUAAGAACGAUUUUGUCAAGUAUGCACAUGACGAGGAGGUUGCAGACGAUCAGGAAGAGACUGGCUGGAAAUACAUCCACGGUGACGUGUUUAGGUUUCCGAAGUUCAAGUCUGUAUUUGCAGCUGCUCUUGGAUCUGGUACCCAACUGUUUACCCUUACGGUGUUUAUAUUCAUAUUGGCACUCGUUGGUGUAUUUUAUCCGUACAACCGAGGGGCUCUAUUUACUGCACUUGUUGUCAUAUAUGCACUCACUUCUGGAAUUGCUGGCUACACUGCAACCUCAUUCUAUUGUCAACUGGAAGGAACAAACUGGGUUAGGAAUCUUCUAUUGACUGGAUGCCUUUUCUGUGGACCUCUAUUUCUGACAUUUUGCUUUCUGAACACUGUUGCAAUUGUCUACAAUGCUACUGCUGCCCUCCCAUUCGGCACAAUUGUCGUUAUAGUUCUCAUAUGGACACUUGUUACGUCUCCUCUACUUGUAUUAGGAGGCAUUGCUGGGAAGAACAGCAAGGCUGAAUUCCAAGCUCCCGUUCGCACAACGAAAUAUCCAAGGGAGAUUCCGCCUUUGCCAUGGUAUCGCGGAACAAUUCCUCAGAUGGCGAUGGCAGGAUUUUUGCCUUUCAGCGCUAUAUACAUCGAACUUUAUUAUAUAUUUGCCAGUGUUUGGGGUCACAGAAUUUACACAAUCUACAGUAUUCUGUUUAUUGUCUUCAUCAUUCUCUUGAUUGUUACUGCUUUCAUUACUGUGGCAUUGACAUACUUCCAGCUUGCUGCUGAGGAUCAUGAAUGGUGGUGGAGAUCAUUCCUAUGCGGCGGUUCAACUGGAUUAUUUAUCUAUGCCUAUUGUCUGUAUUACUACUAUGCACGCUCCGAUAUGUCUGGAUUCAUGCAGACCUCAUUUUUCUUUGGUUACAUGGCCUGCAUAUGCUAUGGUUUCUUCUUGAUGCUUGGAACUGUUGGAUUCCGUGCAGCGUUGUUCUUUGUUCGUCACAUAUACCGAUCCAUAAAGUGCGAGUAGGCAUUUUGUCCUCUCAAAGUCCUCUAGAGCUAUUGUCUUCAUUUCAUAGGCAUCAUGUAGAAAAUUAUAGUAAUUUUGCAGUACUUCUGUGUACUAUAAGGGAGAAGCUAGGUUGGGUGGGUUCCUAGCUUCCAGAGCAAAUUGUUAGAACACAAAGGGUUCUUUUGGAGAUAACUUUUGUACUACCAUGUCUUUAACCAAACUCUUGAAAUACUUUAAUUUUUUGGGUCUAUUUGAACGUAAUUCUUGGCAA